GCGUAAAAUCCAUAUGCAAAGAUCGAAGUGAGAUCUUUCUUCGGAGAUAUUUGGAGUUGUGUAUUUCCCAAGGCGUUGCCUUAUGCAGCAUAGUUUUUCCACCAACGUCAUACUUAUGCUAGAGGCUAAAGCGCUAAAGUGCAGAAUAUUCCGUCUUGUAUUCCACGACCGUGACCAGUACGUUUGCUCAUACACCCUAUUGCAUUUGACAAAUAUCAGAAUGUCAUUUUCAAACCUGCAGUCGGCACGAAAGGCGAAGGAAAGCAAGUUGAAAUCGUGUGUUGGCGCUGCUGCAUCCCCUUCAAGUAAGCAAGAUGAUCGGGAAGUCGGUACCAAUCCUCAGGCUAUGGAAAUCGCCCGCCCUCAGGGUAACCCAGCUGUAAAUGCAGAGGUGGAAAAUUCAAAACCAGUGUCACUUUCGGGGCUGCACAAGGACCUACCGAGCACGUUGGAAGUCCGACAAGGCAAGGAUACUGGAAGAGGGUUAUAUGCAAGAGACAGGCUCGUGGUCGGUUCGAUCUUGUUUGCUACCAGACCACACGUCAGCGUCCUCUCAACUCCGCAACUGGAGAGUUACUGCUCGUACUGCUGUAGCGCCGCUCCCUCGCAAGGGUUGAAGCGUUGUACGAGGUGUCGCAAGAUCUGGUAUUGCAAUGCGACGUGUCAGAACGCCGAUUGGGCAGAGCAUAAACAUGAAUGUUCCGCGUUACAACGAUGGCAAGCUAAUGCACCCUCCCCCGAUUUGUCUAUACCGAGUGAUGCAAUUCGAUGUCUCGGUCGAAUACUGUGGGGAAUUCAGAGGACGGGAUUGGAUAGUAUAUGGACACGAGAAUUCAGUGGAAUGCAAUCUCACAGAUCAUCUUUGCCUCCAUCGGCCUUCGAGUCGCAUACUCACCUGGCACAUUCCGUUGUUCGAUACCUAGGUAUAUCUUCUCCGGCCGAACUGGCACCAUUCGGCUUGGCCUCGGCCGGAGACUUGGUUGACCUCAUAUCUCGGUUUACCACGAAUACCUUUACGCUGACUUCGCCAUCUUUGACCCCUGUCGGUAUAUGCAUAUCGCCCACAAUGGCACUUGUGAAUCAUUCGUGUGAGCCAAACGUCGUAAUGGUGUUCCCACAUACGCCGAAUGCGCUGUCGUCGCAAGAACCCCUUAUGCACCUGAUAGUGAUUCGGGAGAUUUCUCCAGGAGACCAGGUUUUCGUUUCUUAUGUCGACACGAGUGUACCUCGCGAUCUCCGUCAGAAAGAACUCAAAGAGACAUACAACUUUGUAUGUCAUUGUUCACUUUGCAUUCGACAGACGGAGGUAGAUCCACGCACCGCUAUGAGUUGCCCGAAGUCUUGUGGCGGCAUUUGUCCUCUGCCGACUGAAGAGAACGACGUAACACAAUGUGUCAAAUGUAAAGCUGUUGUGACAUCUGCGGGUGCUGUUCUGGAUGCCGUUCGUGUUGGGAAUGAAGGCCUCCAGAAGGCAAUUUCCCUUCAAGUCAAGGAUCCUGCAAAAGCAAAACAACUCACAUCCAAUCUCAUCCCAAUCAUAACAUCAGCUGGGCUGACACCAUCCGCACAUCCUCUACUAGCCAUGACCCGCUUACACCUAGAACUCCUGCUUUCGGCGAUAGCAACAAGCAUCAGUCAGGACGUUCUGGAUGAAGCCAUCCGUACCUCUGCAAAGUAUAAUGAGGGUUUAUCAAAUGUUCUGCCUUACGGCCAUCCAGUACGUGCGAUCGCAGUUGCUGAGUUAGGGAAACUUCUUGCUGUAGACGAGCCUUCACCCCGUCAUAUAAGCAGUCUAGACGAGUCCACUCAAUUUACUCAACCUGCUCAAUCUCAAUCGACACCGUCGGGACCCACACGUCUCAAACUCGCAUUAGAGACGCUCAUCCGUGCAAGGGAAGAAUUGAAUAUAGCAUUCGGGAAGGGUACGGGAGGAGGGUUGGCCGGGAAGGAAGUUAGAGAGGGGAUUGUGAGGUUGGAAAGCGAGAUUGGGCAGUGGACUCGCGGUAUUAGAAAUGCUAUUGAGGAUGCGAGGGCGGCCGGAAAGAUAGCGAAGUGAAAGGCGUUGGAACGAAAGCGUGUUCCGAUUGCUAAAUUAUCGUAGUUCAUAGGCUGUAUAAUGAAUAAGAAUAGGAAAGACAGAUCAUUAUAACGUAAAACCUUUCAUUUCCCGUGCUAGAGGAAAAGCACGUUAUAUGUACAUGGAACCGAGGGACAGGCAUACUUAGUGGCUGGUCCAAGACAAACUGAAUGGUUGAAAUUUCAAUCCCCGACUGGGUCUGCAAAGGUCUGCAAUGCCAAACACUCUGGCAACACAAUCAGAUC